ACAGAUCAGACAUCUCGUAACUGGUGUGCAGAUGAACUUGCAGAAGUUCACAGAUCAGAAGAUUCAGGAGCUUCAGGCUUCUCAUGCAUGAAGGAUCAUCUGUCUGUUUUGGACCCAGAUAAAUAAAAGCCAGUUCUGCUCUGAAGAGAAGAUAAGAUGUUGAUGUGUGGAGUGGCUGUGUCCUACGUAGGGUAGUGACCUCUCACCUCUGACAACAGCAUUUCUGGACCUGCUGGCAGCCUCUGCUACUCAGCCUUACCUAGCGCGAUGUCAGGCCAUCACACUCCCUGUGCUGGGGGUCCCUUCUCAGCACUCACUCCCAGCAUUUGGCCUCAGGAGAUCCUGGCAAAAUACACACAGAAAGAAGAAUGCAUCGAGCAGCCAGAGUUCCACUACGAUGAAUUUGGUUUCCGGGUUGAUAAGGAAGAUGGUGCUGAGCCAAACUCCAGCAAGCUGCUGGGGAUCCCGCUGACGGAGGAGCCACAGCAGAGGCUCAAGUGGCAGGCUCACCUGGAAUUCACACACAACCAUGACGUGGGUGACCUCACCUGGGACAAAAUCGAGGUCACCCUCCCACAUUCAGACAAGCUGCGCUCCCUGGUGCUGGCCGGCAUCCCACACAGCAUGAGGCCGCAGCUGUGGAUGCGCCUGUCAGGAGCCUUGCAGAAGAAGAGGAAUUCAGAGAUGUCAUAUCGGGAUAUUGUGAAGAACAGCUCUAACGAUGAAACCAUUGCUGCCAAACAGAUUGAAAAGGACUUGCUCCGCACGAUGCCCAGCAACGCCUGCUUCUCCAACAUGAACAGCGUCGGGGUGCCGCGCCUGCGCAGGAUACUGCGGGGACUUGCCUGGCUCUACCCAGAUAUUGGAUAUUGCCAAGGCACUGGCAUGGUGGCUGCCUCUUUGCUGCUCUUCUUGGAGGAGGAAGAUGCCUUCUGGAUGAUGUGUGCUAUCAUUGAGGAACUGGUCCCUGCCUCCUACUUCAGCACCACCCUGAUGGGCGUGCAGACUGACCAGCGUGUCCUACGACAGCUCAUCGUGCAGUACCUGCCUCGCCUGGACAAGCUGCUCCAGGAGCACGACAUUGAGCUCUCCUUGAUCACUUUGCACUGGUUCCUCACCUCUUUCGCUAGCGUUGUUCACAUCAAGCUGCUGCUGCGGAUUUGGGACCUUUUCUUCUAUGAAGGUUCUCUGGUGCUGUUCCAGCUCACUCUGGGCAUGCUCAGUAUGAAGGAGGAUGAGCUGAUCCAGUCCGAGAACUCGGCUUCCAUCUUCAACACGCUGUCGGACAUCCCGAGCCAGAUGGAGGACGCGGACGUGCUGCUGCGGGAGGCCAUGCGCGUGGCGGGCUCCCUCACCGACGUGGCUGUGGAGGCCCAGCGCCGCAAACACUUGGCCUACCUCAUUGCUGACCAAGGGCAGCUCCUCAAUGCUGGCACCACUGUCAACAAUUUGUCCAAAGUUGUGCGGCGCAGGACUCAGCGCAGGAAGUCGGGCAUCACCUCUCUGCUUUUCGGGGACGACGAUCUGGAGGCACUGAAAGCCAAGAACAUCAAGCAGACGGAGCUGGUGGCUGACCUGCGUGAGGCCAUUCUGCAGGUGGCACGGCACUUCCAGUGCGUGGAUCCCAAGAACUGCAGCAUUGAUCUGACUCCAGACUACAGCAUGGAGAGCCACCAGCGGGACCACGAGAACUACGUGGCCUGUUCCCGCAGCCGCCGCCGCCGCGCCAAGGCGCUGCUGGACUUCGAGCGCCACGACGACGACGAGCUCGGCUUCCGCAAGAACGACAUCAUCACGAUCAUUUCCCAGAAGGACGAGCACUGUUGGGUGGGAGAGCUGAAUGGACUGAGAGGUUGGUUUCCUGCAAAAUUUGUGGAGGUCUUGGAUGAGAGGAGCAAAGAGUACUCCAUCGCUGGAGAUGACUCGGUCACAGAAGGGGUGACGGACUUGGUGCGAGGGACGCUGUGCCCAGCCUUGAAGGCCAUAUUUGAACAUGGGCUGAAGAAGCCGUCUCUGCUGGGAGGGCCCUGCCAUCCCUGGCUCUUCAUUGAAGAGGCCGCAAGCCGGGAAGUGGAGCGGGACUUUGACUCUGUGUAUUCUCGCCUUGUGCUCUGCAAGACUUACAGGCUUGAUGAAGAUGGCAAAGUCCUCACUCCAGAGGAGUUACUUUACCGGGCAGUUCAGGCUGUGAACAUGACACACGAUGCUGCACAUGUGCAGAUGGACGUGAAGCUUCGUUCCCUCAUCUGUGUUGGACUCAACGAGCAGGUGCUGCAUUUGUGGCUGGAGGUGCUGUGCUCAAGCCUGCAGACCGUGGAGAAGUGGUUCCAUCCCUGGUCGUUCUUGCGCAGUCCUGGCUGGGUGCAAAUCAAAUGCGAGCUGAGAGUCCUCUGCAAAUUUGCCUUCAGCCUCUCUCAGGACUGGGAGCUGCCAAUAAAGAGGGAGGAGAAGGAGAAGAAGCCUCUGAAGGAAGGAGUGCAGGACAUGCUGGUGAAGCACCAUCUCUUCAGCUGGGACAUAGAUGGGUGACCCCCACCCUGCCCCAUCCCGGGGAACCUUCUCGAUGGCGCACACUCCUCUCCCUGUCCCACGACCCCCUGUCGUGUCUCACCCCCUACCCUCCCCCACCCCACCCUACCCACUUGUAUCUGUGACAAAAUCCCCCCCCAGAGGGGCUGCCAGGACACCUGGGACAGAGGCCAGCAGCACUGAGAGGCCGAGCUGCGGACCCGAGGGAGCUGACGGUCAAGGGUGAUGGUGCAAAGGGACAAGUGUGUUCUGGCCACACAGACAAGUGCCCCCUCUCAGCCUUCCUCAUCUCUGCCCUCUCCACCUUCAGCUUGCCUCAGCCCAGCCUCUCUGCUGUGCCCUGGGGGAGCAGCCUGGCCCACAGCCCCUCGCCUGCCACCCCACGGGCCCAGCAGCGGGGUUGGUGGCACCGUGGGCACACGUCAGAUCAGGCUGGUGAGAGGCUUUUGGGUGUAGGGGAGCAGGGAUUGCACAUCCCCCCUGUGCCAGCCAGAGGCUUGCCGCUGCUGGGGAGAGGGGUGGCAAACCCUGAAGCACUAGGACUUGUGGAGCUGGGGCUGAGAAGGGGGAACCAGCACCAGCCUCAUCCCACUUCCUUGGCACUGGUGUGUGGGGUGUUGACAAGAGGAGCCCAACUGCGCCGGGCUGUUACCACCGUAACAGCCUUAGGGGAUGGGCCUUGGCUCUGCUGGGAGCAGACACAAACCCCCUCUCCCCUAAACAAGAGUGUUUCAUGCCUGUCCUUUUAGUCUCUAGAUGAUUUUUACUGUUAACCAAAAAAGCUGUAAAUGAAUUCCAGGAAUGUGUAUAUUUUGGCACCGUUGUAGCUCAGGCUGGGGUGGGGGUUGGAGCUGGCUCAGGGAGUCUCACUCGUCCUCCUGGCCCUGCGGAGGCCGCAGGGACACAGGGCAGGAGUGGAGAAUUGCUGCUUUGUGGUGGUGGCUCUGGAUACGGAGUCUGUGACUUUCUACUGAAAGCGCUUGUCUGUGAGCACAAACUACUCGUGAAAUGACACUAGAUUCUUACUUUAUUCAGUGGGUUUGUAAAUAAACUGCAUCUUGGGAGA